UUGUUUUAUCCUAAGUAUAAUGCCUACAAGACGAUCUUCUAGAUCAUCAUCCUCUUCCCAGGGUGAUAAUGGAUCCCCUUCAGGGUCUGCUUCAACAUCACAAUCUGCAUCUGCAACAACACACGAUGGUCAGGCUCAUUGUCCCUUUAUUGGUUAUGAUGAAUGUCAUGAUGGGGUCGGGGGUAGGGGUUAUGCAAGAACUGCAAUUUACAGGCAUAUGAAAGAUAUGCAUUUCCCCAAUGAGGCGGCAAAGGAAACUUGCAGGGAGCGGAUACGUACCAAUAUGGACUGCUACAAUGCUUGGGAAAGGAUGUUGACUGGUAUGCAGUUGUGGCUGUGCAUUAAGUGCUUACACACACAUACAUGGAGAAAAGCGUGUCGUGAUCCAAGUCAUAUUUGUGAAGUUAUCAAUGGGCCUUUCAAUGGCUCCGGUGCUGAUUUUCUCAUCCAUGGAGCAACUAAACCACAAAGAUGCACAAACCAUAUUACAGGAGAUGGUCCAGAAUCAAGUAAACCUAACAGUGGAGAUGAUACAUUGCACAUUACAGUGGAGAUGCUUAAUACUAUCCUUCAGAGCCAAAUCCCUACAAUUGAAAAAGUUGAGUUACAUCCAUUACUCUGCUGAUAUACGUAUUCUCUCCUCUAACGGUGUUGCACCCUCAACUCCAGAUACUUUGCACGAGCUUCAGCAAAAACACCCACCUGCCCCAACACCUUACAUAUCUGCUGAAGAAAUCUCCACUCCUGCGCUGGCAAUUGAGGCUAAAGCUGUUUUAUCUGCUCUACGAAGUUUCCCUAAGGGAACCUCAUGUGGUAAAGACGGUCUUAGAGCUCAGUAUUUAUUAGAUGCACUAAGUGGUAAUGCUGCAGCUGUUGCAGAGGAUCUUUUACAGUCCAUAACAGGUGUCAUAAAUUUAUGGUUGGCAGGUAAG